UACAAAGGGAAGUUAUCUGAUGGAACCCUUGUGGCAGUGAAGGUUUUAAGUGAAUCAAAAGGUAAUGGUGAAGAAUUUAUCAAUGAAGUUGCUAGCAUAAGUGUGACUUCUCAUGUUAACAUUGUUGAAUUAUUGGGAUUCUGUUUGGAAGAUACUAAAAGAGCUUUAAUAUACAAGUAUAUGCCUAAUGGAUCAGUUGAAAAAUUUAUUUAUGAAGGCAGAGAUUCAAAAACGUUCAAUCCAAACUUGACUUGCAAAACAAUGUAUAAGAUCGCAAUUGGUGUUGCUCGAGGGUUAGACUAUUUGCACAAAGGGUGUAACAGCAAAAUUGUACAUUUUGAUAUCAAACCUCACAAUAUCUUACUAGAUGAGGAUUUUUGUCCAAAGAUUUCCGAUUUUGGACUUGCAAAAAUAUGCAUGGAAAAAGAAAGCAUCCUAUCAUUAAUGAUUGCUAGAGGAACUAUAGGUUAUAUUGCACCUGAAGUGUUCUCAAGGAAUUUUGGUGAGGUGUCUCAUAAAUCCGAUGUAUAUAGUUAUGGAAUGAUGGUUUUAGAAAUGAUUGGAGAAAGAAAUAACAUGAACAUUAAAGAUGAAUCUUCAAGUGAAAUGUAUUUUCCUCAUUGGAUUUACAGGCGUCUUGAGCAGAACCAAGAACCUGAAUUGCAAUGUAUCAAGAAUGAAAUUGAUAAAGAAACGAUACAGAAGAUGAUAGUAGUGAGCUUAUGGUGCAUACAAACUGACCCAUCAAAUAGACCAACAAUGAGCAAGGUGGUAGAUAUGAUGGAAUCAACCUUUGAGUCUCUACAAAUGCCACCAAAACCUUAUCUAUCUUCACCUCCUAGAUCUUCGCCACUAGAUUCAACAAAUUCAUCACUCUCAAAAUGUAAGUCAUUAUGAAACAUGUAUGUUACUAUGUACACAGUAAUUGAUUUUCAAUUUCAACAUCAACUGCUAUCCUAGUUUGUAAUGAUAAUAACUCAUGUAGAAUUUAUAUGCAGAAUUGUAUCAUGAUCCGGGUGAUAUAUCUUAGUUGCAGAAUGGAAGAAUGUAUUAAAAUGAAAAUGUAAUUGAUU